AUGAGAGACCGCCCACAUGCUCUGCCCCUCGAGCUCGCAAACCCGAGGUUGGCCGAAUUCGAUUCCUACCGGGUCAAGUUCCAGGAAAUCCUGCGUGACGGAGAGAGUCUGGUCAUAGCUCGGGUCAAAGUACCGACACCCAGUGGACAUGCUUUCCUUCUGCGGCGAUUGGAUACGGGGGCGAUCUCGUUGACGACGAUGUUUCGUGCAGCAUUCCCAAGUGCUUCGUCGAGGAUGGAGGAGGAAGAAUGUCAUUGGGUGAAGACCGCCUACGUCAUCUCCGGUGCCAACAGGACUGGCGGCGCCUCCUUCGCCGGUACAUGGGUUCCUACUUCAGUUGCGCAGGAACUCGCUCCAUCCUACCGGCUUAACGAUGUUCUACGAUCCCUGUUGGAGGCAGAACUGCUACCCAAUACUGAAUUCCGCCGUGGCUCCCGUACCUUGGUAGAGCAGAAAAGGCGCUCCACUGCUCAGGUGACUUCGAGAUCGCAUAGGUCUGACUCUCCCCACGCCGCUCAGACUCUCGACGUGGACGUACAUCAGCAAAUUUAUGCGCACGCGCCAAACAUUGGCAGCCCGUUGGUGACUGAAAGUUCGUUGACCGACUUCCUGCGGACAACAGCACCAAUGGGACGCUCAGGCUUGAACGGAUACCAAGGAGCCGCGGACUUCAACUCCCCUUCCCCUGGGUAUCGGCAAGUCUUGGGAAACCGUAGAAUCACAGCGCCGUCCAGGCAAAACUACUCGUCCGCACGCAAAGGCAGCUCUGAGAGAACGUCCAGUGAGUAG